AUGAUAAAACAGAAAGAGCUUAUUACUACAUCCUCAACCUCCUUCACUUCCACAUGUUUAGAUGUUGAUGAGAACUCAUUAAUUGAUGAAGAAGGUGAUCUAUACGGACUCAAAUUCGAUAGAGUCAUCGGUGAAGGAGCCUGGGGAACUGUCUGGCAUGCAACCAAUCCAUCGGGGGAUGAGAGCUAUGCAGUGAAAGUCAUGUCUAAGCAUUCAUUGUUGAAAGAGAGACAACAAGAUCAUGCUCAUAGGGAGAGGAAGAUCUUACCUAAGUUGGACCAUCCUUUCAUUGUGAGUUUCACAAAGUUCUAUCAAGAUACUAGAUGAUUAUAUUUUGUGCAAGAGUUUAUUAAUGGAGGUGAAUUCCAUUUGCUCUUGACCCAGAAUCGUUUCCUUGAAGCUCCAGCAGGGCAAUUCUAUGCAGCUCAAAUUGCUACGACUCUUAGUUACAUUCAUUCCCAAGGUAUAGUCUACAGAGACCUGAAGCCUGAGAAUAUGAUGAUUGGAAAAGACGGAUACCUGAAGAUUAUUGACUUUGGGCUUAGUAAGAGGAUUGAGAAGGAAAAGUACUCCACUGGAAAAACAUUAACUAUGUGUGGAACUCCUAAUUACAUUGCACCAGAAAUCCUUCAGAGUAAGCCUUAUGGCUAUGAAGCAGACUGGUGGUCAUACGGAGUUGUCCUCUACGAGAUCUUCUAUGGUCAAAUGCCUUUCCAAGGAAAUAAUCCUUCAGAGCUUUUUAAGAAUAUACUGAAUGGCAAACCCAGAUUAUCUCCCAGAAUCGACAAUAGAAUCAAUAAACUAAUUAAAGGACUACUCCGGAAGGAUCCAAAGAAGAGAUAUGGUGCUAAGAAGGUCUUAGAGCACGAAUUCUUCAAGAGUAUGGAUUUUGAAAAGCUACAGAAGAAGAAACUAGAAGUUCCUUUCUUCCCUUCAGUCAAAUCAGAAAGCGACACUAAAAACUUUGCUAAGAUCAAGGUUCCACGAUUUAAUAUGGACAACUGUCCAGAACUAAGCCCUGAGGAAGACAUUUUCCAGAACUGGUAG